AUGGAAGUGAUAGGAUCAUCACAUGGCUCAAAAAAAUCAUUCAAAAAGCAAAAGCCUAUUGGAUCAUUUGUUGGGAAAGUUUUAGUGGAGGCGGAUGAUAACCUUUUGUCGGAAACCUAUUAUCAUGGUAUUAUAAAUUAUAUGGAUGUAGAAAAAUUAUUAAUGAGAGAUGGAGACUUUUUGUUUGGUAUCCCGGAAGAGGAUGAGGAACAGUCAAUUGUGUGGGUAGUGCGCUACAAUCGUGAUUUAUGGGCAUUUAAUAUUGGCUUAACUGAAAACGGUCAAUGUUUUGUGAAUCAGAAAUGUUUCAAAAAAAUUACCGAAAUGGUCUCUGAUUAUAUUCAUACACGUAAACCGAUUCAUGAAAAGCUUCCCAUCAUUGUAAAACGCCCUGUUCCUCAUCCGGCUUGGAUAGUAUCACACGAUCGAGUACAUUUGAAAGAUGAACUUGGUCAAGGGGCAUUUGGUCGUGUCUUUAAAGCUGUACUGCAAGAUGGUCAUACUUUCAUGACAGUUGCAGUAAAAACAUACGUUGGACAAGCGAGCGAUAAAACGAAACGGACUUCAUUCCUUCAAGAAGCUAAGGUUAUGAGAGAAUAUAAGCAUGAAAAUUUGGUGCAAUUUAUUGGUGUCGCAUGUCAGAAAGAGCCAUUGAUGAUAAUUGUCGAAUUUUGUGGUGGCGGAUCUCUAUUAAAGUUUUUACGCAAAAAAGGAACACAUCUCGGUAUAGCAACCAGAUACCGUUUUGGUAAGGAAGCAUCGGCUGGUUUGAAAUAUUUGGAGGAGAAACGAUGUAUCCAUCGAGAUAUUGCUGCUAGAAAUUGUCUUCUCACAGAACACCAAAUGACAUUGAAAAUAUGUGAUUUUGGAUUAUCGAUCAAAGAACAGCAAGCCUCCAAUUCCGAAUUACAGUUGCCGACAAAAUGGCUCUCACCGGAAGCAAUCAAAUCAAUGCAAUUUACUACUAAAAGUGAUGUUUGGGCAUUUGGUGUGUUGCUCUUCGAGAUAUUCACUGAUGGCAGCGAACCAUAUCAUGGUAUGAGUAACGCAGAAGUGCGAGAAAAAUUGACUAAUGGUAGUAUGUAUCGAAUGGAAAUACCUCUUGAAAUACCGCCGGGCAUUGCGGAAUUGAUCAAGAAAUGUUGGAUGGAAGAACCCAAGCAAAGACCGACAUUUAAGGAGAUUAAUCGGACACUUACCAAAAUAGCAUUUUUUUGA